AUGUCCAACAUCGCGAUCUCGGCGCCUGUGAAAUCCCGGAAGCGUUCGACGAACGAAAGUGAAAGAGGUUUUUCGACCUCCCCGAAAAUCUUGGAGAUCCAGUUACCGCUCAAGAUUACAUCGAAGGAAGACUUACUCGCCUGGUCCAAGUACGUAAUGAAUCUGGUGACUUCGAAAAUCAACUUCACGGCGAACAAUUUGAGUAAUGCGCAAUCGGAUAAACGACAGCCUUUUAUGGAUAAUUCCGACUUCAAGUCGAAAGAGAUGAUGAAGAAGGGCUCUCCCGACGAGAAGCGGCAAGGCUUGAAUUAUCCGGCGCGUAGACUCAAGGAGCCGCCUAUGCAGAGAGGUGACGAAAAAGUGGUUGCUUAUCCCUUGCCAAUAGGAGAAAUGAAAGCUACCGAUCCAAUGCAGGAUCCCUUCGGCCUGUCAACAUCGGGUAUCAACGAGCCGACCGAUUUCGGACAAUACGCGAACUUUGGAGAUCCAGCUGCCGCAUUCGGAAGUCCCUUCCAGCAAAGCGAGAUCGACAUCUUCGGGAGCCCCGAGAUUUUUUUACAGCCACCCGCCGCCACGUAUCUCCCGUUGCCAUUGACGGGGUUCAAUAUCGCUACGUACGAGAACUUUAUUGAUAAAAACGCUUCCGUCUUCGAGGAGCCGGCGAAGCUUCAGACUACGAAGAAUGCCCUUAAUUUUCACAUCAAGCCUUUCGAUAACGAGCUCGGCGGACAAGUGUUACCGAUCAAUAUAAACGAUGAAUUAACUAAUAGAAAUUCAAGCUUCGACAGACCAUUGUUGACUUUCCCAUUCCAAGCGCUGGUGACAAUCACUCGACAGCCUGCAGCAGCUACAAUAGUAGAUCCGAAUAAGCGGCCGAAGGAUCACUUUACGAUUCGUAACAAAGAACCUUUUAACAGGUUUCCACCGUUCUUUGAAAAAAACUAUACACUUACGAAUGAAUCCGGACAAGUCAACGUCAUUCUCAAUAAUUUUACUACAGAUGCGAGGAAAAAUAAAAUACAGAAAGGAAAUGUGGAAAAGGAAGGAAAAGCGAGGAAGGAACAAAAUGCGCGUGGGAAUAAAAAGAAAAGCGAGAAAAAGACGAAGACUGCAACGAAGAAGCAACAUUCGUCGAUAAAGCGACAAUCAUCUGCACUCGGCGAUUUGUUGAGAAUGUUGGGUAUCCUGAGAAAACUGCCGAAAAAUUCCACCGAAGUCAGCGUCGCGACGCCUGUACUGUCUAUCUUAAAAGGUACGAACUCGCAGAAAAUACAGGUGGCCUUUGAGGACGAGGGUGAUGACGAUGACGAUGGCGAUGACGAUGGCAAUGCCGAUGGCAAUGCCGAUGGCAAUGCCGAUGGCGAUGCCGAUGGCGAUGUCGAUAGCGAUGACGAUGGCAAUGGCGAUGACGAUGAGCAGAGUGAAAAACAAGAAGAUGAUGAUGACGAGGAAGAAGAAGAGGGUGGAUCUAUACAAGCCAUACUCGAUUUAUUACCAUUAGCUGCGCCAAUUCUUGAAGAACUUAGUGAUCCGGAAUCCGAUGUCGAUAUAGCGGAGGUGCUUCAAGGCGCAAUUCCUCUUCUCGAAGGACUUUCUGACCCAGAUGAGGAAGGAGGAGUCGAUAUUCCAGCAGUCCUACUGCCACUCUCUCAAAAACUCAGCGAAGGGCCAGAAGGACAAGGUAGUGAUUCUGGCGCUAUUUUAGGACCUAUCAUUCAAUUGAUAGCACCGUUGAUCGGACCUCUUUCGGGCCCUCUGAUCGGUCCGUUGAGUCGCACCAGCAGCGGUCCCGGAGGUAAAGAGGGAUCGGCAUCUUUAAUUACGUCAUUAACUGGUCCUCUUAGUACGCCGCAAGAUGCAUACGGGCAGUCAGUAUUGUCGGGCCUUAUCGCCAGUAUUACUUCUAAGCUGAGUAAAGAACUCUCCGCUCAAGCUGGUAAUUCUGACGUUAAACCUCUAGUUAGCUCACUUGUGUCAGGUGUGCUUGCUGGUGCCAGUGCAGGUUCCAGCGGUCCUGCUAAAAGUCCUACUUAUCAAGGCGGUCCUACUUAUCAAGGCGGUCCUACUUAUCAAAAACCCGAUGCAUACUAUGCACCUACAACGUAUGGUGGCUACGGUUAUAAACCGCCGCCUCCAAGUUUCAAGGACAUGAUAAGCGCGUCCUUAAAGGAGAUCCUCGGCGCUAUCUUGAAGCUAUCGGCUGCGUCAUCCUCCUCCAGUGCGGGUCUAUCAGGCGCGUCGUCAACCUCCAGCGCUCAACUGUCAACUACUUCAUCGGAAUCGAAGGAGCCGCCCAAGCCCGAGUACGGUGCACCCAUGUACAGUGCACCCACGUACCACCCAACAAAUCCACCUUAUUCACCACCUCUGAGACCUCCGUCGGAUGAUUCUCCCGCAGAAUUUGUGCGAAGACACCUCCGAUAUCAAAUAAGGAAAUUUAUUUAAUGGACAAUUUGUACAAUUUGUACAAUUUUGAUACAAUUUUGAUACAAUUUUGAUAC